AGAAACCCCGCGCGCCCCGGCCCGGCGUUCCCAUCCCUCUUCCUUCCUCUCAGCUGCGCCCGCGCCGCGUCCACUUCCGGCGGGCGGGCGCUGGGCCUUUGUCCCGCGGGGCCGGGCGCCGAGGGCCGGGGGCCGGGGCGCGAGGCGGGAGGCCUCGGGCUUUGUGUGCCGCCUGGUCACGGCCUCCUGCCCGCCGCCCUGUGUCCCAGCAGACUGCGAGCGCGACACCGCACGCCGGACGCCGGCAUGAACCUCUUCAACCUGGACCGUUUUCGCUUCGAAAAGAGGAGCCGGGCCGACGGGGCUCCCGCCGCGUCCUCGCCGGCGCCCGCCGCCCCCAUCGCCCGGAGCGCCGAAGACGAGGAGGCUGCCAGCGCCGCGCCCAGCAGGCCCGACACCCCUGACUCGGACAUCUCGGAGAAGACAGAAGAUUCUAGUGUUCCAGAAGUGCCAGAAAAUGAAAGGAACCCAAGUAUAUCAUAUUUCAAGAAUCAAAGAGGAAUACAGUAUAUUGAUUUGUCUUCUGAUAGUGAAGAUAUUUCCCCAAAUUGCUCCAGUACAGCUCCAGAGAAAAAUCUCAACAAAGAUACAGUAAUCAUAGUUUCUGAACCAUCUGAGGAUGAAGAAUCACAAAGUUUUCCUGCUUCGGCAAGUAGAAAUAAUGAUACUUCAGAGUUGGAAGACCUUUCGGAAUUGGAGGAUCUUAAAGAUGCUAAGCUUCAGACCUUGAAGGAACUUUUCCCACAAAGAAGUGACAAUGAUUUACUUAAGUUGAUUGAGUCCACAAGCACAAUGGAUGGAGCAAUUGCUGCUGCCUUGUUGAUGUUUGGUGAUGCAGAAGGUGGUGGUCCCAGGAAAAGGAAAUUAUCUUCUUCUUCAGAGCAGUAUGAGGAUGAUGAACUUGAUGAUCAGUCUGUAAAAAAGAAAAGAAUCUAUCAUGAAGAAGAGUCAAGUGAUUCUACAGCAUCAAGCAGUAAUUGGUUAAAACAGGAAAGCAUUGUUAUGAAAUUGCAAAAGGAAUUCCCCAAUUUUGAUAAGCAGGAACUAAGAGAAGUACUCAAAGAACAUGAAUGGAUGUACACAGAAGCUUUAGAAUCUUUAAAAGUGUUUGCUGAAGACCAAGAUAUGCAAUAUUCUUCACAAAAUGAAUUUCCCAAUGGAAAAGAAGUUUCUUCAGAAACUGAGACUUUUCCUAAAAAUACAGCUAAAACAAAACUGAAACAGAAAUGUUCUGUGAAACCACAAAAUGGCUUUAGUAAGAAACGUAAAAAAAAUGCAUUUGCUCCUAAGAAAGUUACUGAAGACUCUGAAUAUGAUUCAGGUUCUGAUGUGGGCAGCUCAUUAGAUGAGGACUAUAGCAGUGGUGAAGAAGUGAUGGAGGAUGGUUAUAAAGGUAAAAUUCUUCACUUCCUUCAAGAUGCUUCAAUUGGUGAACUUACUUUGAUUCCUCAGUGUUCUCAGAAAAAGGCUCAGAAGAUAACAGAACUCCGGCCCUUUAACAGUUGGGAAGCUCUGUUCACUAAGAUGUCCAAAACGAAUGGCUUGUCAGAAGAUUUGAUAUGGCAUUGUAAGACACUGAUCCAAGAAAGAGAUGUAGUUAUAAGACUCAUGAACAAAUGUGAAGACAUAUCAAAUAAGUUGACAAAGCAAGUCACCAUGCUCACUGGAAAUGGAGGUGGAUGGAACAUAGAACAGCCCUCUGUUCUUAACCAGAGCUUGUCGCUCAAGCCCUAUCAGAAGGUUGGCUUGAAUUGGUUGGCCUUGUUACAUAAACACGGACUUAAUGGCAUAUUGGCAGAUGAAAUGGGUCUAGGGAAAACUAUUCAAGCCAUUGCAUUCCUGGCCUACCUCUACCAGGAGGGGAAUAAGGGUCCUCAUCUGAUUGUUGUUCCAGCCUCGACUAUAGAUAACUGGCUAAGGGAAGUGAAUUUGUGGUGCCCUAGUUUAAAGGUGCUCUGUUACUAUGGUUCUCAAGAAGAACGUAAACAGAUCAGAUACAACAUUCACAGUAAAUAUGAAGAAUACAAUGUAAUUGUGACCACGUAUAAUUGUGCAAUCAGCAGUUCUGAUGACCGGAGUCUGUUUCGAAAGUUGAAGCUUAAUCAUGCAAUUUUUGACGAGGGCCAUAUGUUGAAGAAUAUGGGCUCCAUCCGCUACCAGCAUCUUAUGACAAUUAAUGCCAGUAACCGCCUGCUGCUCACAGGCACACCAGUGCAGAACAACCUGCUGGAGCUCAUGUCGCUGCUCAACUUCGUCAUGCCGCACAUGUUCAGCAGCAGCACCAGUGAGAUACGCAGGAUGUUCUCUUCCAAGACCAAAUCAGCAGAUGAGCAAAGUAUAUAUGAAAAGGAGAGAAUAGCACAUGCAAAGCAAAUCAUAAAACCGUUUAUUCUCAGAAGAGUGAAAGAAGAGGUUCUCAAACAGCUGCCCCCCAAAAAAGACCGGAUUGAACUGUGUGCCAUGUCAGAGAAGCAGGAGCAGCUCUAUUUGGAACUUUUCAACAGGUUGAAAAAAUCCAUCAAUAACUUAGAAAAAAGCACAGAAAUGUGCAAUGUCAUGAUGCAAUUGAGAAAAAUGGCCAAUCAUCCCCUAUUACACCGCCAGUAUUACACACCCGACAAACUCAAGGAGAUGUCUCAGCUCAUGCUGAAGGAACCUACACAUUGUGAAGCUAACCCUGACUUAAUCUUUGAGGACAUGGAGGUCAUGACAGACUUUGAGUUAAACGGACUUUGUAAGCAGUAUCGACAUAUCAGUGACUUCCAGUUAGACAUGGAUUUAAUUUUGGACUCUGGGAAAUUCCGGGCUUUGGGAUGCAUUCUGUCUGAAUUGAAACAGAAGGGUGACAGAGUCGUGUUGUUUAGCCAGUUUACCAUGAUGUUGGAUAUUUUAGAGGUUCUCUUAAAACACCAUCACCAUAGGUACCUCAGGUUGGAUGGAAAGACUCAGAUAUCUGAAAGAAUUCAUCUAAUUGAUGAGUUUAACACCGAUAUGGAUAUCUUUGUGUUUCUGCUGUCAACAAAAGCCGGUGGCCUGGGAAUAAACCUGACUUCUGCAAAUGUGGUUAUACUUCAUGAUAUUGAUUGUAAUCCUUAUAAUGACAAGCAAGCAGAGGACAGGUGCCAUAGAGUAGGCCAGACAAAAGAAGUACUAGUUAUAAAAUUAAUAAGCCAAGGAACGAUUGAAGAAUCUAUGCUAAAAAUCAAUCAACAGAAACUGAAAUUAGAACAAGAUAUGACCACAGUCGAUGAAGGGGAUGAGGGGAGCGUCCCCGCUGACAUCGCCACACUGCUCAAGACGUCCAUGGGCCUGUGACAAAGCCAGCUUCCUGCUUCCUAGGCGGGGACAUGCUGCUCCCUGCAUUCGAGGACAGUCACCUUCUGUGACCACGGGGCUUAUGAACAUUUCUACCUUUUUAUAAUUUCCAUUUUACAUUUCUCAUAGUAUGGACAACUUUUUUGCCACUAACUGAAUUCUCCAGAUGCUCACACAUGAAAUUAAAAGAAAAAAAAAAUGUAGUCCUGAAGAUGUUGAAUAAUCAUUUUACAAAACGAUUUUUGAACGGGGAUUAGUUGGUGAUUGUUUGUAACGAAUACGCUAAUGCUUUAGAAAUGUCAGUAUUUUUGUAAUUAUUUCUACCUCCAAAUAUAUAUAUAUUGUCUUUCACUGGAAAAUGUGUGUAGAUUUUUACAUGUGCCUUAUUUGACAAUGCUUUUUGUCUUUUUGCCUGUUUUGUUUGGAAUCAUUUUUUUAAAAUGCAGCUGUAUAGAUUUGCUAGCUUUCAUUUUAUUGCUAUUAAAAGCAGAUGUUCACUGCUGUCAGCAAGAUCUCAACCUGAAUUUAAGGUGGCAUUCCAUGGACUAACACCCCCAGGUCCUCCCAAGUAUUCCUGUUAAAACAGAUUUGUUCGAGUAGGCACUAAGUUGUUUUCCAGUGAAUAGUAACUAAAGAAGCCCUUAUCUUCUUCCAUGGAUUAAUUCCUUCUGUUUAUUUCCCAAUUGCACUGAUUGUGCUUAUCAGUUCUGCCUAUUAUGCAUGUUUUGAGUCCCCUCUCCUGGCUUUGGCUACUCUUGAAACUGUGGCCCAGUCACCCCCGUUCUCUUGACUGUGAACAGCAGUUCAUUCCUGCCACAUCUCCCCACAUCAACAUGAUGUCAGCGACAUUUUUCUAGCCUGCAGAACAGGCUAUGAGGCUAUUUCACUUUCAGACAUGAUGAUCAGGACCUCCUAGGGCAGUGGAAAUCUGUCAUUACCUUUAAAAUAUUAAUCAAAAUAUAGUUUGCCAGUUUCUGGAAUUCCCAGUACAGGACCUUCUAAUGAGAGAGCAGUGGUUCAAUUCCAGUUCAGUGUGAGUGACAAAAAGUAAAAUUUAGACGUACAAUUGUCUAUUUGAUGUAUGACUUUAUUAAUCUCCCUUUAAAUUUUUGCCUGUCAGUCUAUAUUGCUGUCUUUAUUAUACAUCAGUUUCUUUGUAUAAUUUGUGAGUUUCAUGUGUGUUUUUAUUAUGUAAAUAUCAUAAAUAAACUUAUUUAUAAAUCAAACCCUUGUUAGUUGUUGGAGAUCAUCAUUUUUGAGGCAUCCUGACUUAGGGAGAUGGCAGGCGCUACACUCCUAGAUUCAGGAGACAAAUGAAGCUCUGACAGUGGUUCUUGGUAUAUCAGAGACAGGAAACUCAUGACUUGGUAGACUUCCCCAUCUGGAAACUACUGCACGCACUCAGCACCAUGGGAGUGUACUGAGAGGAAUCUGCAGACACCAUUACUGCCUCCUGUAUCAGUACUCAGCCAGUUAUGUCUUUGGGAUAUUACAGAGUUCUCAGAGCCUUUCUGUAUUGACAUCUUCAGUGAUAAGGUGAUUCUGUUGUUCUUGUUGUUAACUGUUAAGUCCAUGUUUUUAUCUUUUAACGAAGUGUAGUUUGCUCUGUUACAUUGUAGCUGUAAUAAAAAUGUUUGAUCUUAAGUUGUAUUUUCACACCCUUUUUAAUACUUGUUAAUCCCCUCUCCCCUUGCCCUUGAAGAAAAGAUAACUGUGCACAAGUGAGGUCAAACUAUGUUCUUAAUAUUGUGUUUUUCAAUAAAAUGGAAUUUAUUACUUAG